UUUAUAGAAAUAGAUCGUGACUCAUUUGUAUAUAAUAGGCUCAUUAGAAUAUUAUAAUUAUGUAUAAGAGACCAAAAAAAAAACAUUUUUCGCAUAGAGUUCAUCAAAUCGCGUAACUUUUUACGAUGCGCUCGGUGUAGUGUCGACUGGAAUCAUUUAAUUGACGAAUCAGUGCUCUCUUUGUCGGUAACAAAAUAGAAAAGGAGUCGUAUAAGCGGAAAUGUACUCUUGUAAUAUAUUGUGAUUGAACGAACCAGGUAUACAUAUAUCACUGUUUUAAAAUCUAAGCCGUUAAGUUUCUAAAUCGAAAUCACUUAAAAACGCAUCGAGAGUCAUCACGAUGUUAGGUGUUUCUUGUACCAGCAUUGGUCUAGCGCUGGUUCUGCUAUUGGUAAUAAUAUGUACUUUAAACGAAGCAUUCAGAUAUAGAGCGAAAUUUCUGAUCUUUGGACUGGAAUGUUUAUUGUUGACAAUUAUUUUUUUGCCAUUUAUGCUUUUCAAUAUAAGAUCUUGGAAGAACGCGUUGGUACCCGCUUGGCUUUUAACUAAAUCAUUUUAUAAAGUAUUAGGAAUAGAUUACGAGGUACGUGGAAAAGAAAAUAUCAUUCACGAUUCUGGUUGUAUCGUUUUGAUAAAUCAUCAGAGUAUGUUGGAUUUGGGAGUAUUGGCAGAAUUGUGGCUAGUUAUGGAUAGAUGUACGGUUAUAUCAAAGAAAGAAAUUUUAUAUUUUGGACCAUUCGGUCUUGCUGCAUGGCUAUGGGGUACAAUUUUCAUUGACAGAAAAGAUUCGGAUAAAUCGCGUGAUGCUAUCAAUUCGACGUGUCAAUACAUACAAGAUUCUAAAAUGAAGGUAUUAUUCUUCCCAGAAGGAAAACGUCAUAGCAAUAAUACAUUGAUACCUUUCAAAAAAGGACCUUUUCAUUUAGCUAUAACGUCGCAAGUACCGAUUCUACCGGUGGUCGUAUCAAAAUAUUACUUCUUGCAUAGUAGAUCAAAGAAAUUUAGUUCCGGUACUAGCUAUAUUACAAUUUUACCACCAAUUCCUACAAAAAAUUUGACCAAAGAUAACAUACAAGAAUUGAUGGAUAAAUCAUACGAGGCUAUGAAUACAGCGUUCGUUCAAAGUUCACAAGAAGCUCUUACAAAACACAUGGAGUGUUUACAAAACGAUUAACGCAUAAUUAUUAUUUUCAGUGUUAUUCGUAUGUAAUUUAAUUGCAUACUUUACUUGAAAUUUUCUCAAUACAUUUAUUUUUUAUAUUCACAAUCUCUUCCGAUUGCAUAAAAGGAGUAGAAUUAAUAAUGAACGAUAUUAUAUUAUCGGAUAAUGUACCUGCACGAGAGAAUAUCACUCCUUUAUUUUCUAUCAAUUAUAAAUUAUAUUGUUAAGAAAUUUUUUAUUAAAGAAUUCUAUAAGAAUUAUACUAUAAGAGAGAGAGAGGGAGAAGAGAGAGAGAGAGAGAGGGAGAGGAGAGAGAGAGAAAAGCGCUUUAGACAUUAUUGAAAGAGUUAAUAUCAAAAUCUAUUUAAAAAAAAAAAAAAAAAUAAUAAAAAAUCACGAAUGUUGUUCAAAAAACGACGUUUUCAUGAUUUGAACGUCGCUUAUUUCCAUGAUUGUUUCUUUAUAUAGUCGAAAAAGAAAUCUAUGAAACGAUGUAUGAAAUAUAUAAUAUGAAAAGUUAUACGCUUAGAAACAUCUUGCUUUAAAUAAGGAAGAAAUAUUUAUCUAUCGAUCCGUCUUCUUAAAAUAGACUUAUCAUAUUAUGGUAUUAUUAUUAUUACAAUCUAUCGGCGAAAGUAGCGAGAGCGUUAAUAAUAUGUAUGCUUUGAAUAUGAAUUUUGAUAUUUAUAAAAUAUCCUAUUCUUCGUUUGAAAGAAAGGAUAAUAAUAUUAGAAGCGGUGUAUAUCGAUAUCGAGUAAAUAUUUUAAAAUAUCUCAAUUAUGUGACAAGUUUUUUUUUCUUUUUUUUUUUUUUAACAAUUAAAGCCUUUAACAAAUUGGCUAUUUUACACGUCCGUAUUAAAAUAUCAUUUAUUUCGUAGUAUAUUAUACAUUGGUUGUCAGUCAUUGUCGCAUAUUUUUCUAAUGGAUUUGCCUUUCAAAAGUUUGAUAAUACAAAAUUGUUUCUUAGUAUGCUAUGUACAUACGUGUGUGUUACCGUAUAUGUAUAAUACUAUUCUAUCGAAUAAUUAUGUACAACACACCAUACCACUUAGACGUUUUCUUAUUUAUAUGAUUCUUAUUAGGCGACGCACGAUCAUUUAUUUGGCGUUUUUAUUUGUAUUCUUUAAUCUGUGCUAUUAUAUAUAUAAUAUAUAUAUAUAAUAGAUGUAUGUACAUACGUAAAUACACAUACUCGCUCCCCUCCAAUACAAAUAAACAAAAAAAAACACUUUUCCAAAACACGCAACAGCCGCCACGAAUCUAAUAUUAACAUAAGAUGUAUAACAAACAAAUAAAACAAAAUACAUACAAAGAUGAAUGUUGGCUCGUAUUGCGGUAUAAAAAAAAAAAAAAGAAACAAAAAAGAU